GCUGACACGGCAAGCCAAGUCAACGCCAGGAUCAUCGUAACCACAUUAAACAGGAUAGAAGGGUAUUCUCGUCCCUUCCCACCAUCAUAUCCAUCCGAAAUGCUUUAGGAUUUGCGUACGGAUCAGGUUUCGGCGAUCAGCACACAUGUACGAUAACUUCAGCCCGUUCUAUGUUUGUAUUUUCAUUUCGAGCACUUCCCGUUUCUUCUAAAUGCACGGUCGAAGCCGCGUUUUCCUGCUCCGCCGUAUCCACUUCAAAGACAGCGACCGCCCUCGCCAACUCUCCUGCCAAACGAGCCCGCCGCCGCUCCCGCCAGAUUCAAACCUCAAACCCCUCUGCCUCCAAGGUCGACUCCACGAGGCGCUGUCGGGAAUGGCUACGCUCGGCACCGAGGUCAGGUUCCACGGGUACGACGCCCUCCUGACCGCGUGCAUCGACCGAAGGGCCUUCCUAGAGGGCCAAUUGGUCCACGCCCACAUGAUCAAGUCCCAGUACCUCCCUUCCGUGUACCUCGCCACCCGGCUGCUCAUCAUGUAUGUGAAGUGCGACUCCUUGAACGACGCUCGCCACAUGCUCGAGGCAAUGCCUGAAAGGAACGUUGUCUCGUGGACCGCCAUGAUCUCAGGAUAUUCUCAGAAGGGUCACCGCGCUGAGGCCUUGGAGCUGUUUGUUAAGAUGAUGGAAGCCGGUCAAUUGCCAGAUGAAUACACUUUCGCUACGGUGCUCACUUCUUGUACUGGUCCUUUUGGGCCUAAACAUGGCAGGCAGAUUCAUUCCCUAGCACUCAAGACCAACUUUGACUCUCAUAUGUUUGUUGGGAGUUCAUUGCUUGACAUGUAUGCAAAGGCCAGCGAAAUCGAUGAUGCUCAGAGAGUCUUUGACAUGUUGCCUGACAGGGAUGUUGUUUCUUGUACUGCCAUUAUUUCUGGAUAUGCCCAGUUGGGUCUUGAUGCGGAAGCCUUGGAAGUGUUCAAAUUACUACAUAAAGAGGGAAUAGAAUGCAACUACGUUACCUUUUCCUGUCUUUUAAAUGCACUCUCUGGACUUGCUGCUUUGGAUUAUGGUCGACAAGUGCAUGGUUUGGUAAUCAGAUGUGAACUUCCAUUUUAUGUUGUCUUGCAAAACUCUCUGAUUGACAUGUAUUCCAAGUGUGGUAGCUUAAUAUAUUCAAGAAAAAUCUUUGACAACAUGCUUGAGAGAUCUGUGAUAAGUUGGAAUGCAAUGCUUGCAGGAUAUGGUAAGCAUGGUUUAGGGAGUGAGGUUGUUCGUCUCUUUAAGUCCAUGGUCCAAGAGGUGAGGCCUGAUGGUGUUUCUUUUUUGGCUGUCCUGUCUGGGUGCAGUCACGGUGGAUUGGUUGAUGAGGGUUUAGAUUUUUUUGACUUUAUGGUUAAUGGUCAAAGGAUGAAACCAGAUAUAGGGCACUAUGGAUGCGUCAUAGAUCUACUCGGACGUGCUGGGAGAAUAGAGAAGGCUUUGGACUUAAUGAAGUGCAUGCCCUUUGAACCAACCACAGCCAUGUGGGGUUCUCUUCUGGGUGCAUGUAGAGUUCAUGCUAAUGUUUCCAUCGGAGAAUUUGUUGCUCAAAAGCUUCUCGAUAUUGAGCCAGAAAAUUCAGGGAACUUUGUGAUACUCUCUAAUAUUUAUGCUGCUGCUGGAAGAUGGCAAGAUGUCGCCAGAGUCAGGGAAUUGAUGAAAGAGAGGACAGUGACAAAAGAACCAGGCAGAAGUUGGAUCAAUCUUGACAAAACCAUGCAUACUUUCUAUUCCAGUGAUCGGUCGCAUCCCCAGAGGGAACAGAUAAAUGCCAAGAUUAUGGAGCUAUAUGAAAGGAUCAAAGAAGCAGGUUAUGUUCCAGACCUUAGCUGUGUAUUGCAUGAUGUGGAUGAUGAGCAGAAGGAAAGCAUCCUGCUUGGACAUAGUGAGAAACUGGCAAUAGCUUUUGGGUUGAUGGGCAGUACCCCUUGCAAGUUGAUUCGUAUUACAAAGAACCUUCGGAUCUGUGUUGAUUGUCACAAUUUUGCCAAGUAUGUGUCAAAGGUAUAUGCAAGAUAUAUAUCUCUGAGGGAUAGCAACCGAUUCCACCUAAUUGUCAGAGGGACUUGUACCUGUAGAGACUACUGGUGAUUAAGCAAUUCUUCUACUUAUCUAUAUCAUUGGAACUAGCAUUGCCGAAUCUUCCUUUUCAGGAUUUAUACCCUCUAUCCGAUGUUCUGCACGUUGGUUUACUGCUGAAGCCAUACAGAUAAGCAAAUGGAAUUCAUGUGGUCUCUGCCUCCUCGUUAUAAGUUAUCAUUGGCUUUACUGCCUCAUGUAUUCAUUGGGCUUCUGUCAAUUCAUAAUUAUAAGGAUGUGGUGAAGUAAACCAGAAUAUUAUUCUCAAAAGUGUUGAAUCCAUUUCUGUGAUUGAAUACAGAAAAAGAAAGUGGAUCUCCUUAGUUCAACCGGAAUGGGUCAAUUCAAUGAUACAACUUUAUUUUGGCAGGACAUGGAGAAGGAAACCAGAGUAUGGCAGGAUGGCUUUCUCUUUUUGUCUUGUUACUUCACACACAGUUGGUAUUUGGAAGCCGUGGCAAUCCGUGCUACGGACAAAGUAGCAGUUCUUCUCUAUUUCAUUCAGGCUCGGUUCUUCCACCGGAUGUUCUUCCUUUUGGCACAGAUUGGGAAGCUGUGUAUGAUUUGAGGAUCCAAUUGAAGCCAAUAGAAUCACGUCUUCUCCAGCAGGAACUGCAUCAAAUCAGGGACUUGUGGGAAGCAAUGAAAAGCUAAAGCUACUCGUUAUGGACCGUCGACAAGCCAUCACAAAGCACUCGCCCCCUUCCAGGGGAAAAUGAGGGGCAUCUACAGCAGCUGCAUAGCGGAGAAAAAACAAGAUACAUGCACACAUCUUGUCCACAUCUCAUUCGACAAUAGUGAGACCAACAAGAGUAACGAAACAUCAGUGAAAUUGCCACCAAGAGACCAUGUAUCUUGUUAACAAUUUCUGAUGAACUAUCUAUUACCUUGUGGAGUAUCAGCAAACCAAAAGAAUGUAUGUGUUCAAUACAAGAGGGCCACAUCUGCCAUUGACUAAUUACUGCACCAUGCAGCAGGAACAUGCACAAAAAAGCAGAAAAGCAUUACAGUAAAACUGCAAUACAGAACGAGUAAACAGAUGGUUCGAUAAUAUCCUGUCUUUCCUGGAAAACCACACUACCUUGCUGUCAAUAGAGGAUGACAAGCAGUGAGUGAUCUGCAUAUUAACAUAACAGGCAGUCUUAACUUGUUAUAAGAUGGAACAAAAGAUUGGGCAUUUCCAUGCACUAUCUGAUUAUUACUAGGAUCGAUAGACUUGUAACAUAAUAACCAUGAAACUAAGUCACAAACCUAACUAAAGCAUAACGUUGUACUCAUCCACCAUGCAAACCAGCACAAAUUAAAGAUUACACACCAGAUCCAACAUGCAAACCUUUUCCAAUCAACAAGAUAGAGGUUCUUGAGAGGCUGCAAGGAUGCCCCAUGCAUCAUUCCUCCAGCCAUAUAUAUAGGAUCAAAGGACACCAACAUCCAGCCAACUGACAGAAAAGGCAUGAUGAUAACGUGGAGAUCAUCGGAACAGAGUUCAUUAACCUUUAACCCAUAUCUCUAGAUCUUAUCAAGCUUUUCGGCCUUAAUGACAGGGUUUGCUUUGGCAAUUGCAUCCUGGGCCGCCUUUCGGUAGUCGAAUUGGCAGUCGUGCUUAUCCGAGUAGCGGUGCACAGCACAGAAAAGGUUCCCACACCGACAACUGAAACCAGUCAGACCAACGCGUUUCCUGCAGGUGCCACACCUGUUUGGACCCUCCUUCGCCUUUGCCUCUCCGGCCUCGUUUGAGGCUAAAGCAUCGGAUGACUGUGCUGAAAUCACUUUCGGCUCCAUGGAGCCAACAGCAACAACAGCAUUACCCGAAACGACGGGCUCUUUUCCACUGCCACUGCCAUUGCCAUUGCCAUUCACGAGGCUGUCGAUCGAGGAUGCCGCCAUCUUGGCCUGUUCCUGCUUGAGAAUCAUGUCCUUGUGGCACUUGGAGCACAAGUUCAUGGUUGCGGCACUUCCGAAGAAUCCACAGUUGUUGAUGCAAAGGAUUGGUCCUUCACGUG